AUGGCCACUCUCUCAAGUCUAUUGCCGAAACCUCGUCAACAGACAGUGGAAUCAGCACCCACGUCAUCUGCACCACAAUAUGAAAAGAAGUUGAAUCAGCUUGCAACGACUCGCCCCAACGAUCGCAUUCCUCCAUACGGCAAACGAGGAGGUUAUCGACCUCGAGUACCCGAAGAUUUCGGCAAUGGUGGUGCAUUUCCAGAGAUCCAUAUUGCACAGUAUCCCUUGAAUAUGGGACGUAAAGAUAUGCAGCCUACUGAACGCAGUGGAGGAGCCUUGACACUUCAAGUGGAUGCUGAAGGCAAUGUGAAAUAUGAUGCGAUUGCACGACAAGGACAUGGUGAUGAUCGUAUUAUCCAUUCAUCGCUCAAGGAUAUGGUGCCACUCAAGGAGCGCAAAGAUGUGGAUGUUGAAAAGAUUGCUAUGGAUCGACCCGGUGAAGAAGAAGUACAAAGCGUUGCUGAAAAGACAAAGGCAGCUCUCGAACGCAUUGUCAAUGUCAAGAUCAAAGCAGCACAACCCAAGAACGUUGUCCAGACGAGCGGUGGUACCAACAAAGAUCCCACCUAUAUCCGAUACACACCUGCCACCAAUCUAGCCAAUGACAGCUUCAACGCCGGCGCCAAGCAACGUAUCAUCCGUAUGGUGGAUGCGCCUGUUGAUCCAAUGGAGCCACCUAGUUUCAAGCAUAAAAAGAUUCCUCGUGGACCACCCUCUCCACCAGCACCUGUCAUGCAUUCACCUCCUCGCAAAUUGACAGCCAAGGAACAAGCAGAGUGGGUCAUUCCUCCUUGCAUUUCCAACUGGAAGAAUACAAAGGGUUAUACCAUUCCUCUCGACAAACGUCUCGCUGCUGAUGGCCGUGGCUUACAAGAAAUCACUAUCAAUGACAACUUUGCAAAGUUCUCAGAAGCACUCUAUGCCGCUGAUCGACAUGCUCGUGAAGAAGUUCGACAACGCAAUCUCAUGCAACAGAAAUUGGCACAAAAACAAAAGGAAGCUGAAGAGGAAAAAUUACGGGAUUUGGCUCAAAAAGCACGUGAGGAACGGGCUGGUCUCAAGCCAUCGUCGUCGUCAACAUCAGCAGCAGCAGCACCUCCUUCAUCAGCCAAUCGUCCUACAGCAGCAUCUCUUAUGCCGGAUUAUGAUUCCUCCGAUGACUCUGAAGAAGCAAGUGGCAGUGAAAGUGAAAGUGAAGAUGAACGUCGACGACCUGCACGCCGUGAUGUUGAAGAAGAUGAUGAAAGAGCACGUGAACGUGACCGUCUACGUCGUGAACGACAAAAGCAAAGAGAACGGGAAAUGCGUAUGAGUCGAAUGGGUACAGAAGCAAAGGCAAAACACUUGGCUCGUGAAUCCGGUCGUGACAUCUCUGAAAAGAUCGCAUUGGGUCUUGCCAAACCUACCAUGAGCAAAGAUAGCAUGUUUGAUGCUCGCCUUUUCAAUCAAUCAUCGGGCAUUGGAUCAGGAUUUAAGGAUGAUGAAUCCUACAGCUUGUACGACAAACCAUUGUUCAACCAAACCUCCUCGUCGAUCUAUCGAUUCCGUGGCGAUCAAAACGAUUCGGACAUCUUUGGCAGCACAGACGCAGAAGAAUUGGAAAAGAGUAUCCAUCAAGACAAGUUUGGCAUGAGAAAAGGAUUUGCUGGUGCUGAAGGUAGUGGUCAAGGAUCCAGUGGACCUGUGGAAUUCGAAAAGGAGACUAUGGUUGCAUCAUCUGCUGCUCCCAAGGAAGACGUCUUUGGUUUAGAUACCUUCUUGAGCAAAGCCAAGAAAGGUAAAAGAAAGGCUAGCGACGAUGAAGAUGAAGAGUACGACCGCAAGGGCAAAAAGAGAGCAUAA